GGCCGCUAGGUGGCGCAUGCGCCCUAGAGGGUGCGGGUAGGUCUCUGGGCAAGAGACGACGGCGGCGGCGGCUAGAGGCGGGGGCGCCGUGGGGGCCGGUCCGUGUUUACACAGCGGCGGGCGGGUGCGGACGCGGAACCCGGCGCGGCGGCGGCGGCACGAUGGUCAUGGCGCAUUUCGUGGAGAAUUUCUGGGGGGAGAAAAAUAGUGGCUUUGAUGUUCUCUACCACAAUAUGAAACAUGGACAGAUAUCAACUAAAGAGCUAGCAGAUUUUGUAAGAGAAAGAGCUACGAUAGAAGAAGCAUAUUCCAGAUCAAUGACAAAACUAGCAAAAUCUGCAAGCAAUUAUUCACAACUUGGAACAUUUGCACCAGUGUGGGAUGUAUUCAAAACAUCUACAGAGAAAUUAGCAAAUUGUCACUUGGAUCUUGUUAGAAAAUUACAGGAGCUAAUAAAGGAAGUUCAGAAGUAUGGAGAAGAGCAAGUAAAAUCUCAUAAAAAGACAAAAGAAGAAGUUUCAGGGACUCUGGAAGCUGUCCAAGCCAUUCAGAACAUAACUCAAGCCCUCCAGAAAUCCAAGGAAAAUUACAAUGUCAAGUGUGUAGAACAGGAACGUCUGAAAAAGGAAGGAGCAACACAAAGAGAAAUAGAAAAGGCAGCUGUUAAAUCUAAGAAAGCCACAGAUACUUACAAACACUAUGUGGAAAAGUAUGCAUUAGCAAAAGCUGAUUUUGAACAGAAAAUGACAGAAACAGCUCAGAAAUUUCAAGAUAUUGAAGAAACUCAUCUUAUUCACAUAAAGGAAAUUAUAGAAUCCUUGUCAAAUGCUAUAAAGGAAAUUCAUUUGCAAAUAGGCCAGGUUCAUGAAGAAUUUAUAAAUAAUAUGGCUAACACCACAAUUGAAAGUUUGAUACAAAAAUUUGCAGAGUCAAAAGGCACUGGGAAGGAACGGCCUGGCCUUAUUGAAUUUGAGGAGUGUGACCCUGCUAGUGCAGUUGAAGGUAUAAAACCAAGGAAAAGAAAAACCUUUGCUUUGCCAGGAAUAAUUAAAAAAGAAAAGGAUGCAGAAUCUGUGGAAUGCCCUGAUGCAGAUUCACUUAAUAUUCCUGAUGUGGAUGAAGAAGGGUAUAGUAUUAAGCCAGAAGCAAAUCAGAAUGAUACCAAAGAAAAUCAUUUCUACUCAUCUAGUGACUCUGACUCUGAAGAUGAAGAACCAAAGAAGUACCGGAUAGAAAUCAAGCCCAUGCAUCCAAAUAACUUGCAUUACACAAUGGCUUCUUUGGAUGAAUUAAAAGUAUCUAUAGGGAAUAUAACAUUGUCCCCAGCAAUAUCUAGACACAGUCCAGUGCAGAUGAAUCGGAAUUCAUCUAAUGAGGAGUUAACAAAAUCAAAGUCAUGUGUUCUACCCAAUGAGAAAGGGACCAAUGAUUUACUUGGUUGGGACCCCUUGUUUGGAUCAUCUGAUUCAUCUUCUUCAGCUUCACUAGCUGCUUCGUCAUCAGCCAGGCCCACAACUCCUCUUUCUGUAGGCACCAUUGUCCCGCCUCCAAGACCUGCUUCCAGACCAAAGCUUACUUCAGGCAAACUGAGUGGGAUUAAUGAAAUACCCAGGCCAUUCAGCCCACCUGUAACUUCUAACACCAGUCCACCUCCUACUGCUCCCCUAGCCCGGGCAGAAAGUUCUUCUUCUAUCUCUUCAUCUGCUUCAUUGAGUGCUGCCAAUACUCCAACAGUAGGUGUCUCACGGGGUCCCAGCCCUGUCAGCCUUGGAAAUCAGGACACCUUACCUGUGGCGAUUGCCCUUACAGAAUCUGUUAAUGCCUACUUUAAAGGAGCAGAUCCCACCAAGUGUAUCGUGAAGAUCACUGGAGACAUGACAAUAUCAUUUCCAAGUGGAAUUAUUAAAGUCUUCAUGAGCAAUCCCUCUCCAGCUGUGCUAUGCUUUAGGGUGAAAAAUAUCAGCAAACUUGAGCAAAUUCUUCCAAAUGCACAACUUGUGUUCAGUGAUCCAUCACAAUGUGAUUCUAACACAAAAGAUUUUUGGAUGAACAUGCAAGCUGUUACUGUCUACCUCAAGAAGCUAUCAGAGCAAAAUCCAGCUGCUUCUUAUUAUAAUGUAGAUGUAUUAAAGUAUCAGGUAUCGUCAAAUGGCAUUCAGUCCACUCCUCUGAAUCUUGCAACAUACUGGAAAUGUAGUGCCAGCACCACAGAUCUGAGAGUGGAUUAUAAGUAUAACCCAGAAGCUAUGGUGGCACCUAGUGUACUUUCUAGCAUACAGGUGGUCGUACCAGUGGAUGGAGGAGUCACAAACAUGCAGUCCCUUCCCCCUGCAAUAUGGAAUGCAGAACAAAUGAAAGCCUUUUGGAAAUUAUCUGGGAUUUCAGAAAAAUCAGAAAAUGCGGGUUCUGGGUCUCUCAGAGCAAAAUUUGAUCUUUCAGAAGGACCCAGUAAACCCACAACACUUGCAGUACAAUUUCUCAGCGAGGGAAAUACUCUCUCAGGAGUGGAUAUUGAACUUGUUGGCACUGGCUAUAGGCUUUCCUUAGUAAAGAAGCGGUUUGCCACUGGACGAUACCUGGCGGAUUGCUGAUGGACCUGAGAAAGUGACUGGCUCCAGGGAAUAGUCCAAACCUGCCAUUCUGCAUUGUCUGUUCUUUCCAAACACUAUUCUAACUUGUAUGACGUCUUUCAAACUUGAUACCUGAGAGGGAGCUGACUACAAAUAUUAAGUUGCACUUUCAAAGUGAGUCAUUGAAAGAAUUAGCACUGAAAUCAUUUUCUACACAGUAAAUGAUCAAAUGACAAUAUUCAGGAAACACAUUUAUUCAAAUUGUCAGUAAAAAGGAAGUUUUUUUUUUAUCUUCAACGUCUAUGUUUUUGAAAGAGGUUAGAGUGUAGUAACAGGCCUAAAAAUUCAGGAGAGCAAGCACAAAAUAGUUUAGCUUUCCAUAAGUUUUUAGAGUGAGAGGUAGUUUUGAAGUUUCAUAAGUUUGAUAUUGAAUAAAUAUAAACAAUGUGAAUUUUAAGUUUUGAAUGUUAACUCAGAACUCAAUCAAAUUGAGUUAUGUGCCAUAAGGUAAUCAGACCAGUGUCCAAGUUGUAUGCAAAAAAAUCUAUAACCUGAUUCUCAUAAGCAUAUUAAUAAAGUAUAAAUGGUGUUUUGUAUGAUUUUUAAAGAAAUUCUCAAGUGCAAUGUGUUUUAAAAUAAGCUUACAAAAGACAGCAGAAGAAUUUACUUCUGCAGUUAAUUAACUUUAUAGAAGUUGUGAUUGUUUUGAUGAUAAUGCUGUAGAUUUAAUUUAUUUUUAUAUGGAUUACAUAAUGUGUGCCUUUAAAAACAAUAACAGAAAACAGAACUGUGCCUCUCUAGUUUGUGUUGAUUAAUGUGCCUCACUUUUUUUCUCACAGUCUGCAUCUUCUAUUCAAAAUCUUAGAGUGGUCAAUCAUAUUUACAAGACAUUUGCAAAUUUUAAAAUACCUUUGAUCUGCAAUUGGGGAGGGAAUUCAGAAUAACUAAAGGAUAAUUUAUACUUAAAGAAUCCUGGCUCAUUUUUUAGUGAUACACUGUAGCCACUAGAAAAACAGAUAACCUAAUGGAGUAUAUUUACUGGGAAAAAUUAUCUUCAGAUACACAUUAUUAACCUCAUAAGUAUGUGAAACAGGCAAAUUCUGAAACUAUGCUGAUAAAUUGGUAACUGGUAUUUUAACUCUGAAUUUAGCAUUUCCCUUGACCCUAUUUAUCACUGAAAAUUUUUACAUUUAUUUACUAAUUGUGUUGUAUGAAUUUUUAGUAUUUGAUGAAGACUACAAAAUAGGGAAAAGUUCUGUCGCUUAUUUUCAUUUCAACAAUUGGAAAAGUUACCAGUUUAUAUGUUUUUAUUCUUGGUUAAUUGCCAUAUGGUAAAAAUAGGUAAAUUAUUUGAGGUGAUGGAUUGGGUUAAGUGUUUCUUAAAGUGAACUACUCAUGCUAAAUAACUUUAUAGCAAAUUCUGAUUAAUUGAAGAAAUAAAAUGUCUUAGACAAAGUUUCAUAACUUACAAAUGGGAAUUUAUUUAUAAUGAUAAAUACCAGUGCCCUUCAUUUUUCAUAGAAGUGAUAAUAGCUUGUGUUAUGUCUGAUAAUUUAUAUAAAACCACUAAUUGUUCUAUUAAGCUUUACAGAAAAUAAAACCCCUAUUACUAGACAUGCAACAUCUUGCUAUACUAAAUACAGCAGAAAAUCUACUCUUCAGCAGUAUAUAAUGCAGUUUGAGCAUUUUAAUAUACUCAGUAUUCUCCCAAUUCUAAAUUUAGAUUUGACUUAAGCAAACAUAAGACAGAUUGCUGAAAUCUUAAUUUUUAUUAAAUAACAAAGUAGAAUUUCUAAUUUUAUAUUUUUUAAAAAGCCAGUUACAGUUACCCUUACUAAAAUUUUAACUAAACCUGCUUUGCAGUCAGAUUGCUCUUAUUAGGCAGUUAAUGUUUUACUAUUUGAAUUCUGACACUGUUAUAUACAUGAUGCUUAUUUUCAAUCAAGUAUUACCUAAAAUUGUUUAAAUAAAUGAAAUGGUUAAACUUCUGCACUUUCUUAACUACACAGCCUUCAUACCAAGUGUUGAUAUAUAAGUUUGUAUUGGGUAUAGGUUACAGUUUUGAAGCCAUAUAAUUUUUUAUUGGUUUUUUUUUUCAUUUAAAAAUUCACUAAUGUUGUAAAAAGAGACCAAGUAGAUUUUCAGUGGGAAAUGUAUCUAGCAAGCUGGUUCUUGCUUAUGUAUAGUGAUAAACUUUGUAGCUGCUUCUUUAACAGAAUUCGUAAACACAGAACUCUAACAAAUGUGAGUUUUUAAGGAUUGUUAUUUACUACUUUGGGUUAUAAUUAGAGCAAUGCACAUCUAUCUUUCAAAAUUUUGUAAAUAUUUUUGAUUUUUUCAUAAAAUGUAAAUUUUACAUAAAAGUUGUACCCCUAAUAAACAUGUAAUAUAUAAUUUA